UGAAGAUUCGGUGUGAACUAUGGCGGCGGACGGUUAUUUUAUAAUGACUAUAAUGAGCCUUUAGCACAAUAUGUUUAUAUUUUUUGUUCUACCGUUCAUACAGAUCGAGAAGACAAUAAGAGAAGUGAACGGUUUAGGAUUUAAGGAAAUGUUUAAGAGGAAAUUUGGAAGUAUCAGACGACGAAAUGAAAAUAAAGUCAAGGAAGCAUCGACGAAAACUGGUGAACAUGAUGGUUUGGGAGAGUCAAGUGGAAUAGAUAAGAAACGUCGGAAGGAACUGACGGAGCCUGAAAAAUGUGAGAAAUUGUUGCAAGAAGCUCUUGAAAAGGGCGAUGAGAGAGCAACAUCUAAAGCAUGUAUUAGGCUGCAACAUGCGUAUAAAAUUACUGAUCAAACCCCUAAAACAUGCAUGGCGUUGGGUCAUGAUUAUAGAAAAGACGGAAAGAAAGAAGCUGCAAUUUAUCACUAUGAAAAAGCUUUUGAGAUUGCACGAGGGGACCAAUUUUAUGAGGCAGAGGCUUUGCGCUGGUUAGGACAUACCUACAGGGAAGCUGGUGACAAUGAAAAAGCAAUCGUAUAUUAUCAACGGGCUCUCCCGAUGGCUGAAGCUGGAAGUAAUAGAAUCCAAGUGGCAGAGGUAUUUCUAGGUUUAGCACACGCUUAUGAGAGCAAUGAACAAAAUGAAAUCGCCAUUGACAAGUAUAAAAUGGCUAGAAAGAUCGCGAAAGAACAUGAAAGCAAAUGGGAAGAAAUAGAGGCAUGUCGUGGUUUGGGAAAAGCGUACAGAAAGCUUGGUGAUAACGAUGCUGCACAGUGGUACUUUCUCGAAGCUUUGGAUAUUGCACCAGAACAAAGCUACAAGAAAAGUAAAUCAACGAUAUAUCUAGGUUUAGCCCAUACAUAUAGAGGCAAUGGGGAGUAUCAAAAUGCUAUUGAAAAUUACAAGAUGGCUGUAAAGUCAACACAAGAAAAUGGUAAUGUGUUUGAAGAAAUGUCAGCAUACAUUGGACUAGGAUGUUCCUUAACAAAAAUUGGUCAAAUUAAAGAGGGAAAAGAAUACCUCGAAAAAGCUGAGAAAACAGCAGAAAAACAGUGGGAUAUACUACCGGUAGUAUUGCAUACAAUGAACAAUCCUGAACUAACACAUAUUGGCACAGUCGGCCGAGCUCCUGAAGAAGAGAAAAACGAAAAUGAAGAAGAAACCUACCACCAUGGUAAGUAAACCCCUGUUGAUGGCUACUUUUAUGUACUGUAAAGUGUUGAUAAUCAUAACAAUAUUCUAAAAUUCUUUAUUUCGUAAAUUAAAUAUUUCAUUUUAUAUUAUUAUCUAGGACCGAGAGAAGCAGGUGAUAACAGGAAAAUUACGACAGCAGAAGGUUUACCUGAAGUCUCG